CAGCGAACCGAGAAACCAACACAACAAGCAAAGCAGCGAUCCGACAUCCGAGAGAUGGACGCGGUGAUGUUCGGGCUGGAGACUCCCCUGAUGGCCGCGCUGCAGCACCUGCUGGACGUGCCCGACGGCGACGCCGGCGCGGGCGGCGACAACAAGACGGGCAGCGGCGGCAGCGCCACGCGCACCUACGUCCGCGACGCGCGCGCCAUGGCGGCCACCCCGGCCGACGUGAAGGAGCUGCCCGGCGCGUACGCGUUCGUGGUGGACAUGCCGGGGCUGGGCACGGGCGACAUCCGGGUGCAGGUGGAGGACGAGCGGGUGCUGGUGGUCAGCGGCGAGCGGCGCCGGGAGGAGCGCGAGGACGACGCCAAGUACCUGCGCAUGGAGCGGCGGAUGGGCAAGUUCAUGCGCAAGUUCGUGCUGCCGGACAACGCCGACGUCGACAAGGUCGCCGCCGUGUGCAGGGACGGCGUGCUCACGGUGACCGUCGAGAAGCUGCCCCCGCCGGAGCCCAAGAAGCCCAAGACCAUCGAGGUCAAGGUCGCCUGAGGGAGCAAGCAGUAGCUGUGCUUCUGAAACUUUGUGUGUUUGUGUUUGCUUCCUUCUUUGGUAUCACCAAUCAUCCUAUCUGAUAUAUCGACUGGGGUUUUUGCUGUCUCCAUAGAAUAAAUCUCUACAUGUCUCUUGUAACCUUUUCUGGUGAAGAUCGUGUCGCGAUGAAUCUAUAAGUUACCGUUUGUUUUCUUUUAUUUUGAUGAUUUAGAAUAGAAUAGGCUAUUUUUUUAGAAAUAUGUUAUCCCACCACUUUCUAAACUUAUCAUAUAAGUCUAUCUCAAAUUCAUAGGUAAGAUAUUAAAAUUAAUUCUAUAGAUUUACAUGCUAUUUUUUUCGAUAU